CAGCAACUUCGAGCACAUCCUUAUCCUUCUUUCACUUCAAUAAAAAGAAGAAGGGGCGUGAGUUAUCAGCAUCUCGAACAUCUCAACGUCGUCGUAUACACUUGGGAAGCAAGAAGAAGCUUGGAGGUGGGUGUAGUCUAUUCGUGGGGAGCAAGAAGCUGAUCCUUGGUAUAGAUGGCUAGUAUAAGAGCGACCGCAGCAAGGAUCUCUCGGCCCUCGUGGUCGGCUGUCGCGGUGACCGUGACGAGGAGGAUGGAGGGCAUCGGUGGCAGCCGCCCCGCGCCGCGCUACUUCGGUGACAGCAUCCGCUCCGGCAGGGUGCUCAGCGAAGAGGAGCGCGCCGCCGAGAACGUCUACAUACAGAAGAUGGAGAGGGAGAAGCUGGAAAAGCUGAGGAGGAAAGCGGACCAGGAGAAGGCCGACGCGGCAAAGAGGACGGCCGCCGGCAAAGGGGACAAGAAGGAUGAGGGGCCUCGUCCGAACUGAUUACUCUGAUCAAUGACAUCCUCUGUUUGUGGCGCUGGUGUUGUAUGUGUUGCAAAUGUAGUGUUUUGAUUUCUUCUUUUUAAAAAUCGCGUCCAUGGCAUGCCCUGCUGUGAAAUCGUGUUUUGUCUAAGCUGGUUUUGUAAGUGUUGUAUUGUACAUAAAACAGAAAGCUCUAUCGGCCAGAGCGUUUGUACUGUAUGUAUUUUCUGGACAGUACAUAAAUAAGAGGUUGAGCGUGUUGACA